CUGAGGGGAAACCUUUUAAAGUAGUCCAGCAGACCUUAAUUGGCUGCAGGUAUCUGAUUAACCUGCUACUUCAGGCAAUCUCUUAAUUAGACUCAGAUCCUGCCUGCCUUGAUUAUGUGGCAGCAGUCUCUGGCAGUUUAUUCAGACUAUUUGGAAAACCAUUCACCCAGUUUACAGUAUGUCUGCCCUCUACCAUACUAGUAGCCAGCUGCCCUGGGUUUCUCGCACAUAUUAACUAUGAAUGGUGGGACUUUGCAUUUUAGUUUUGCUUUCUGAUAUCUGAUGAUGGAAAACCAAAGCAGAAUCCGUGGCUUGCUUCAAACUGCCCUUGACGACCUUCCUCAGGAAGUUUUCAGAAGAUUUAGAGAGAAACUCUCACAUUCUGCCUUUGAGGGGAAGAGUGCCAUCCCCCGAGGUCAGCUGGAGAAAGCUGACAGAACAGACACUAAGAACCUCCUGAUGGAAUUCUAUGGUGGAGCUGCUGCCGUAGAGGUGACCAUCAAUGUUCUCACUCAGAUCAACCUCCGAGAGUCUGCUACAAAACUCAGAGCAGAAAGUGAGAAAGUUUUUUCAAAGGCGAAGAAGAAAACAGCAAAGAUUGAAGAAGGAAGAGGGACCGACCGACAAUGGGAUCAGGAACCAUGUGCAGAGACACAUCAUGCCAAGGAGCAGGGAUUUAAUAAUCCCUCUCUGAAAGGCUCUGAUUACCAGAAGAAAUAUAGAGAACAUGUACAAGAUGAAUACCAAGUAGUAGAAGAUAGGAAUGUUCACCUGGGUGAACAUGUCUGUUUAGACAAAAGAUACACAGAACUGCUUAUUGUAAAGGAACGUCGGGGGCGGGAGGAAAAAGAACAUGAAAUCAUCACCAGAGGAAGGAGACACGCAGAACUGAUGGCUCAACAAACCAGUCUCACUCAGAUUAGUCUUUUAUUUGAUCCUGAUGGAAAUCGACAAAGCACAAGAACUGUUGUGCUGCAGGGAGUUGCUGGGAUUGGGAAAACAAUGACAGCGAGAAAGAUCAUGUGGGACUGGGCAGCUGGAAAACUCUAUCGGAAAAAGUUUGAUUAUGUUUUUUAUAUAAAUUGCAGAGAAAUAAAACAUAUUAUUAAAAAUCAAAGUGGUGCCAAAAAUCGAAGUGCUGCCGAUUUGGUUUUGAACAAUUGUCCUGAUGGAGGAGGACCAAUUAAAGAAAUCUUUGAGAAGCCAGAAAAACUCCUGUUUAUAAUAGAUGGUUUUGAUGAAUUAAAUUCCUUGCUAGAUAUUGAUGACAUUAGCCUGUGCACUGACCCAUUUGAGAAGAGGCCAAUGGAAAUCAUCCUGUGCAGUUUAUUGAGAAAGAAAGUUCUUCAAAAAUCCUUCUUACUGAUCACGACGAGACCAACUGCCCUGGAGAAACUACAGCAGAAACUGGAGCUUCCAAGUGCAAUUUUGAAAUUUCCACGUUAUGCAGAGAUCAUGGGAUUUUCUGCAGAUCAGAGGAAAGAAUAUUUUCAGAAAUACUUCUGUGAUGAAAAGAAAGCAACACAAGCCUUUAAUUUUGUCAAAGAAAAUGAAGUACUCUUUACUGUGUGUUUUGUUCCCAUUGUAUGUUGGAUCAUUUGCACAGUUAUAAAGCAACAGAUGGUAAAAGGGGAAGAUCUCACACAAACUUCAAAAACAACCACAUCAGUAUAUUUACUCUUUUUGACCCGUUUGCUAGGUGAUCACUUCACUAAUGCAACAUGUGUGCAAUCAUUUAAAGUUAACCUGUGGGAGCUUUGCUCAUUGGCUGCAGAUGGAAUUUUAGAACGGAAAAUACUGUUUGAAGAAGAUGACCUGAAAAAACACAAUUUAUCCGUGUCUAAUAUUCACACUCUCUUUCUGAAUCAAAGUAUUUUUCAAACAGAUACAGAAUGUGAAAUUUUCUACAGCUUCAUUCACUUGAGUUUCCAAGAGUUUUUUGCAGCGUUGUAUUUUGUGCUAGAGGAAGACGAAGAAACAAUAAAAAAAUCAUUGAUGUCUAAGAAAGAUGUGAAUCGUUUGCUAAAAAUUUAUGGAGCAUCAAAAAAUAAUUUGAUGCUAACAGUACGUUUCUUGUUUGGUCUUUUAAAUAAAGAGAGACUGAAUGACAUAGAGGAAAAGUUACAUUGUAAAACAUCAUCUGGAAUAAAGGACGAUUUAUUGAAGUGGUUUGAAGCAGAAGCUAAAAAUAUCUCCUCUCUGUCCUAUAAGACCUAUGAGGUACAGCAUGGCCAGCUUGAGUUGUUUCACUGUUUGCAUGAGAGUCAGGAAGAAGAGUUUGCAAAAUGUGUAAUGGAUAGUUUCCAAGAAAUUAGAGUGGAACACAUUAGGCUCACAACAAUGGAUGAAAUUGCUCUUUCAUUCUGUGUAAAGAACUGUUGUAGUAAACAGUCACUCUACCUAUGUAAUUGUACCCUUGGGAUUGGAGAACGAGAAGAAGAAUGGAAAGCAAAGCUACGAAAACGCUUAUUUCCUCUGAGCCCACUGAUCGAAGAUCCAAGAAUGUCAACUGCAUACUCAUUGUUGCAAGGACUGAAGGAUCCCAACUGUAAACUGAGGACAAUAUCGUUGUCCAGCUGCAAACUCUCAUCCGCUUUCCCUAAGGACCUCUCCCCUCAGACCCUCUUUACAAACCAGGCCCUGGAAAAGCUGGACCUGAGCGCUAAUGCGCUGGGAGACCUAGGAAUGAAACAUCUGUGUGAGGGACUGAAACAGCCAGGCUGCAAGCUGCAGGCACUGGUGUUGUGGCAGUGCAGUUUCACAGCUGCUUGCUGUGAGGAUCUCUCUGCUGCCCUCAGGACAAACCAGUCCCUGACGGAGCUGGAGCUGAGUGGGAAUGAACUGGGAGAUUCAGGAAUCAAACUUCUGUGUGAAGGACUGAAACAUCCCACAUGUAAACUGCAGAAACUAGUGGUUUGGGAUUGCCGUCUCACUGAUGCCUGCUGUGGAGAUCUCUCCUCUCUGCUCAACUCCAACCAGUCCCUGCGAGAGCUGAACCUGAGCGGUAAUAACCUGACUGGCUCAGGAGUGAAGCUUCUGUGUGAAGGACUCAGACACCCAAAGUGCAAGUUAGAGAAGCUGGACUUGUCUGAAAACCAGAUGGAUGAAAGAACAGUCAAGGAGUUGGAAAUUUUGCAGGAGAUAAAACCUGGUUUGUCAAUUGCAUUCAGCAGUCGGAACCCAGCGAAGCAAAACAUCCUUGCAUUGCUUGUAUCUCAGCGCCAUACUCUCAUCUCUAGAGUAUUGAGUGAGAUUGCAGAAUUUAUGUGGCAUAUUUUUGUGAUGCACUGGGAGGUUGGACUCAUUCUGCUAUUAAGCAUUGCUACAUAUUAUCUCUUCUCUCACUGAUAAAUAGUGUCUGAAAUUCAAGGUUUAUAGAAGAUUAACUAAUUUUGAGAAAGUUUUCGACUCUCUGAAUGGAACCUUAAUGAUGUAAGUGGAGUUAAAUGAGAAUUGAUUUCCUUUUAAAGCACAGUUGCAGACAUCUGGCCCAUAUGUAUUUUUGUUGUUGCAUCACAUACUCAAAUUCUACAGAAUCUAAGAUUUCUUAUUUAAUUUUUUUUAAACUUACUUUCUUAGACUCAUAGGCUACGUCUAAAUUGCA